GGGGAAAUUUUAGGGCUGGUUGUGGGGUCUCUGGGUGGGGAAGGUCCUUUGAAAGAGCAGUGGGAUGAGGAGGGAGGUUUAUGGGGAGGGUCCAGGGUGGUGUUGGGACCUCUGGGGGCGCAUUGGAAGGGCAGGGGUGGUCCCGUGGAAAUAAGUCCUGGGGGUGUGGUCCUCCGGGGGGGGGUCCGGGGAGCGGUGGGACCCCUCAGAAGGAAGCGAUGGGGUGCAGCGGUGUGGGGGUCCCCAGGGUACGGCUGCGCAGGGACCACCUCGGUGGGCUACGGGUUGGUGACACGGGAGCUGGAACGUGUGGACAGCAGCUACCGCUCGGUGCUGAGCGUCCAGUCGUCCCUCGUCAUGCACCCCAUCCUGGCCUUCGGGACCCCAGCCCAGCGAGAACGCUUCCUGCCUGCGCUUGCGAAAGGGGAGAUGUUGGGCUGCUUCGGGCUGACGGAGCCCAACCACGGGAGCGACCCUGGGAGCAUGGAGACGCGAGCGCGCUACGACAAAGCCACCAAGAGCUACCGCCUGCGGGGCACCAAGACCUGGAUCACCAACGCCCCGGUGGCUGAGCUGUGCGUGGUGUGGGCGGUGUGUGAGGAGGAGCAGCAGAUUCGGGGUUUCCUGCUGGAACGCGGCAUGGCUGGGCUCAGCACCCCUAAAAUCGAGGGCAAGUUCUCACUGCGCGCCUCCGCCACCGGCAUGAUCGUGAUGGACGACGUGGAGGUGCCGGAGGAGAACGUGCUGCCUGAUGUCAGGGGGCUGGCGGUAAGG